CAACCCAGCAGUGUUGACAAUAGGGUGAAAGGAAACAGCCCCGGAUCAUAGACGAGCAAAGAAAACACCAAAAUCCAGGGGUUUGGGGAAGACGAGCGAGUGAAUCAAUAACAGGAAUGUAAAUGCGUUAACGUAAUCGUUUGUAUAGGUGUAUUUUGUAAUUAAUGGGAGUUUGAGGAUUAUUCCGUUGGAAGGAAGGCUACUCGUGGGUUUGGCUGUUUCAGGCCAAAGAUUUUCCUGCUGCUCCGCCGCUGCUGGGGAAAGGCUGUUCUUACCGAACUGGAGGUAGCCUAACUAAUAGCCCGAUAGCUUUCCAAACAUAGGAUAACUCCUCGCCGCCGUCUCCGUUGCGAACCGCAGAGGAUCAAGGUAAAGUACUACGAUUGGAGAGCUACCAGCCACUUGGUCGGCUGCAGCUUGUCGGGCUCGGGUCGGGACUCGGGACGGUGUGUGUUUCCCAGCCUGGUCACUCUGUCAGUCUGUGAGCGCUAGCUAACGGUAGCAGCAUUAGCACUGCCCCGUAUUUACAUCUGGGAUGAUGGGUGAUCGCCCGAGCCCACCCAGGGCUAUGUCCUCGGCAGCCACCACAGCUCCCUCUGUGGACAAAGUGGACGGAUUUUCACGGAAGUCUGUCAGGAAGGCCAAGCAGAAGCGGUCGCAGAGUUCGUCCCAGUUCCGCUCUCAGGGCAAACCUAUAGAGCUCACGCCCUUGCCCCUGCUCAAGGACGUGCCAGCAUCGGAGCAGCCGGAGCUGUUCCUGAAGAAGCUGCAGCAGUGCUGUACUGUCUUUGACUUCAUGGACACGCUGUCAGACCUCAAGAUGAAGGAGUACAAGCGCUCCACGCUCAAUGAGCUGGUGGACUACGUGACCGUAAGCCGGGGCUACCUGACGGAACAGGCCUACCCCGAGGUUGUGAAAAUGGUGUCUCACAACAUAUUCCGGACCCUUCCGCCCAGUGACAGUAACGAGUUUGACCCUGAAGAGGAUGAGCCCACACUUGAGGCCUCCUGGCCACACUUACAGUUGGUAUACGAGUUCUUCAUUCGGUUCUUGGAGAGUCAGGAAUUCCAGCCCAGCAUUGCCAAAAAGUACAUAGACCAGAAGUUUGUCCUACAGCUCUUGGAGUUGUUUGACAGCGAGGACCCUCGGGAGAGAGACUAUCUGAAGACAGUCUUGCAUAGAAUCUACGGCAAAUUCCUGGGGCUGAGGGCUUUUAUACGAAAACAGAUCAAUAAUAUUUUUCUACGUUUUGUUUAUGAGACGGAGCACUUCAACGGGGUGGCUGAGUUGCUGGAGAUCCUGGGGAGUAUAAUCAAUGGUUUCGCUCUGCCACUGAAAGCAGAGCAUAAACAGUUUCUGGUCAAAGUGUUGAUUCCCCUCCACACUGUCAGGAGUCUGUCCCUCUUCCAUGCACAGUUGGCGUAUUGCAUUGUACAAUUCCUAGAGAAAGACCCAACAUUAACAGAACCAGUCAUCAGAGGCUUACUGAAGUUCUGGCCAAAAACCUGCAGUCAAAAAGAGGUGAUGUUUCUAGGGGAGCUGGAGGAGAUUCUGGACGUCAUCGAACCCACACAGUUCGUCAAGAUCCAGGAGCCGCUUUUCAAACAGAUCUCCAGAUGUGUCUCCAGCCCACAUUUCCAGGUUGCAGAGCGAGCUCUUUACUACUGGAACAACGAGUACAUCAUGAGUCUGAUUGAGGAGAACUCCAGCGUCAUCCUGCCCAUCAUGUUUGCCAGCCUCUACAGGAUCUCCAAAGAGCACUGGAACCCGGCGAUCGUUGCGCUGGUAUACAACGUACUGAAGGCCUUCAUGGAGAUGAACAGUACCUUAUUUGAUGAACUCACAGCCACUUACAAGUCGGACCGCCAGCGUGAGAAGAAGAAGGAGAAGGAACGGGAGGAGCUGUGGAAGAAGCUGGAGGACCUGGAGCUGAAGCGGGGCCUUAGGAGCGACGGAAUCAUCCCAACUUAACAAAGACAGCGCCGCGCUCCCCUCUGUCCCUCCCCUGUCCUACUGCUCCUCUCCUCCUCCUCUCCCCAUCCGACUCCCCGCUCCUCCUCUGCCCUGAUCCCAACUCUCCUGCCCUCGACAUCAGCCAUGUCUGCCCAGAGCUCCUGAUACAGGCUGUCGUCUCUGGAUCGACACGGAGCGCUCGCUGGUUUCUUAAUUUUCUUUCUUUCUUUUUUUUCUUAUGGUUUUUUUUUUCCUCCUGUGUUUGUGCGACUUACUUUACAGUAGAUUCAUUACGUCUGUUUUCAUUAUUUCAACAGCACUGUAAAUAAUUGUUUUUUUUUUCUUUUUUCUCCCUUAAACUGAUAUUAUUGCAAAUGGAAAAACAAAACAGUAAUAAUAAUAAUAAAAAAAGGAAGAAAAAAAUAGAAAAUGAGAAAAUGACUUGUGUGGGAGGGGGAUUUAAACAAGAAAAAAACUUUUUGGACUGUAGGACAUGGAAUGAACUCUUGGAAAAUAUAAAAAAAAACACCCACAAAAAAAAGAGAGGUUAGAUUGAUUUUAACUCUUCACCCCAGUCUUCUUCAGUACAGUCCCAUAUGUCAUUUUUAUUUUCUUGGUUCUCCUCUUUGCUUUUCCUCUUGUUGCCUCCAUCUUUCUGUUCCCUCUCGGUCUUACCAGGCCCCAAGUGAACCAAUCACAGUCGCCCCAUUCCAUCCAAAGGACACCCCUAAUCUCCCUGGCCUCACCAACCUGUCUGCAAAUUCUGCUUCCUGUUUAAAACAGGCAAUGAAUCGAACAAAAAAAACACACAUUAAUCUGACAACAGGGCCUUUCACAGUACACACACAAACACACCACUGACUCUUUGAGUGAGUUUACAUGCGUGUCCAUGCAAAUCAGGAGAGUAACUACAUGAAUCCUGACUAAAACUGUCAAACUUGGGAUUUGAAAUGCUGAAAAUUGAGCAGUAAGUGUAGGGUUCUUUUUUUCCCCCUUUACUUUGGCGCCCUCUGGUGGUAGUGCCAACACAGAUGACGUUAACAACAACAACAACAACAAAAAGGCUAAAAACAAACUUUAAACGUGUGCAGUCAUAAAUGUUCCACACAGCAAUAACUGAAAUGGUGAGGGGGUGUUUGUGCAAACUUUCUCCCGGUGCUUUUGUUUCACCUGUCCCAUGAGACCAGUGUCUCUUUUUAGUCUUUUAUAGUUAUUCAGCAUCUUAUUUUAUUAAGCUCCCUGGCAAUGUGGCUGGUUGCCCAAUGUUAUAACAGAAUCAGAUUAACACAUACAAACCAGAAACAAUUUGAAUCCAGAACCAUCUGCAUGUAAACACACUCCUAUUCAUUUCCCCCUCUCCAAAAAAAAAAAAGACUACCUUCCAUUAGCUGAUUACGUUCCUUGUAUCUUUUUGACCCCAUCCCUCCUGCCAUAACGGUAUCGCUGGUAUCAGUCUGGCACUGGUACUGUCUGGCCAUAACGGGGGACUCGCAGCUAACGACAGACACACACACACGAUAACGAGUCCUCAAAGGAGCGCCAAAAAAAGAAAAGUACUCCUCGUGUGAAAAGACGAGCGCCUCGCCUCACCUCCCGCCCCUCUCGCCUCGUCCCUCUAAGCCCACUGGGGGGGCGCCGCGUUGACUUCACAGUAUUACAGCAACAGUGACAAAAAAAAAGACAACCCUGUAAA